AUGGAAAGUUCUAGCGAAGAUGAGGUAGACACAGGCAGAGUUCAGACGCAAAAAAGCCAAGAUUUUCCUUAUAGAGAGCCUAGGACAACAGAGGAAUUUCCAUUGUUUUUUGAAGGGAUGCUAAAAAGCAAUUUUUAUGAUGUCGAUUCACAGACGUUUAAAGCCUAUGCAAAAGUUAUUGAGGAGGCAAAAAACCUGGAAAAUAGUGAUGGCUUGGAAAAUUUCUUGUAUUGUUGUAUAGCGAGGGCAGAUAUAGAAAUUAAAGGGUUAUUUGAAAAAUAUGCAGCUGCAGGGUCGAGGUUGUUUUUUAAUUUGAUACCUAUAAUGCUGUGGAUGAUGGAUUCGCAGAAAAGCAAAAGAUUUGUGGAGCCUUUGCUGGUGAGGAAUUAUGAGGUGCUGAGAGGGGAGUGAAGAGGAAGACUGAAAAAAGUUCCUUUUGGGAAACAUUUCGUGAAAUUUACACAUCAGCCUAUCACUUUGGAAGAAAAAGACGAUUUAAUGCUAUUUUAUUUGAUGGUUUAUUGGAAAAAUAUUGAAGAUGCUUCAAGUAUCUCCAAAAGCGUUUUUAUCAAUUUUGUGAAAGAAAUUGUGUCAGGUGUUAAAAAUCCACCUUCAAAUAUAGACGAAAACCUGACUGAUAACUCCUUAGACUUUUAUGCGAAAACACAAGAUUGCAGCUGCAUACAAGCCAAAGUUACCGAUAAAAUGCUAAAAACAAUAUUAUGCACUUUAUCAUUCCCAAAUUUUUCUUUACCAAUAACAGAAUGCCUUAGCUUUAUUUAUUCUUACUCUUCUCAAGAAAUUCUUCCCGAAAUAACCCUUUUAACUGAGUAUUUGCUUUCCAAAUCUAAUUAA